AUGCACAAUGCUAUUGUUUUCUCUAUCAAUGAGACAAAACCUAAUUCUUUUGAAACAAUUCACCUUCUUCAUAAUUUGGUUACAAACCAUUCCCCAAUCGAUUUUAGGAAGAUCCUAGUCCUUAAUUUCUUAGACAACCAAGGUGUCGUCAGUUUUAAAAUGCAUGUAUUGUAAACCUAGCUUAAUCGCUUUGUUAACGACUUUAAGCAUAGCCAUGGCUUCCGCUAUCACAAGGUUGUUACCACCUUUCAUUUUCUGGGCAACAUUCUUUACUAUCUCACCAUCCAAAUGGAAAAUAAUGGCUCAUAAUCCCUAGAUCCCUUUAACGACAAAGCUCGCAUUUGAGGUACAAUAAAUCCAAUCCUUAUCUGAUGGGGAUUUUAACACCAAAUUUGUGGUUACAAUAAUGAUUGAUCUCAUUUUGGUUCAUUGACAAUUUACCCUCUUUGGUCUCUUCUCUGUCUUGCAUGUUUUUAUUUUGAGACUUGUGGAUGAUGGAGUCAAAAUUUGGGAUUUUUCUUUUGGAAAGGUCUGUGAAGAAGCAAUUACGCCACAAAAAACAGGUAAAAGGAGGGAGUAUGAAUAUGAUAAUGAGAAGGAAGUUAUUACAAAGAAGAAGAAGACAUGUGAGCAUGGAUCUCCUAUCACUCUAAACGAAAAUUAUGCUUCACCAAAGACAAUAUGUGUUAGAAACUUGUCAUAUAGUGUGGAACGAGCUGAUAUGGAGGAUAUUUUCAAAGAUUGUGGUGAAGUUGUAGAUGUCCAAUUCAUAACAGAUUGUGAAGGGAGGUUUAGAGGCUUUGGAUUUGUCAAAUUUGGAACAGUAGAAGCAGUAGACAAAGCCCUCAAAUUGCAUAAUACCGAAUUAUUGAAUCGUCGUAUCAAAGUAGACAAAGCUCGGGAAAAGAGUGAAUAUCCCACCUAUAGAAGUUCAUUUCAUACGGGUGGAAAUCUUCACUCUCACACUAUAAAGGGUUUUGACGCAUCUCUCGUAGAAAGCAAGCCCAAAAUCCCUGCCACACCAAAUCAUACAAAUGUUACAUCAAAUAUUGUAUAUGUUGGAAACUUGUCAUACACUGUAGAACGAGCUGAUAUGGAAAAACUUUUCAAAGAUUAUGGGGAAAUUGUUGAUGUUCGUCUCCGUACAAACUGCAAAGGGAAGUUUAAUGGCCAUGGACAUGUUCAGUUUUCAACAGCAGAAGCAGCACAAAAGGCUCUUGUGAUGAAUAAGAAAGUAUUUUGUAAUCGUCCCAUGGUUGUCGAUUUAGCUUUGGAAAGGCAAAAAUAUUCCCCCAAUGAAAGCUGGAGCAUCCAAUUUCAGAAAUGCGGAAGUUUUCAGCCUCUAACUGUACUUGUAAUUGGAUUUAAUACAUCCCUUACCGAAGAGAAGAUAAUAGCUAGCCUGCACAAUCAUUUCAACUUUUGUGGAGAGAUUACAAGGAUCUCCUUACCAAGAUAUCAUGAUUCUGGGGCUAUUAAGGGGUAUGCUCAUUUGGAUUUCAAGGAUAUUCAUGGUUAUAAGAAGGCACUAAAACUUCAUCAAACAACGAUAGGAGGUUAUUGGGUGUCUGUUGAAACAGCAAAGCCAUAGAAUAGAGGUGAUAAUCAGGAUAUGCUUGCACUAGUACAAAAAGAAGAAUAUAUUUUUAAAAUUUAUACCCAUUAUAUUAAAAACGGGUGUAAAUAAGAAAGGCGAUGACAAUUUUGUAAAUAAAGAGUCAUUUAAAGUAAUAGCACAUGAUGAUUUUGUAAAUAUGCUUUUUCUCAAUUGAAGAAAACCCUAAAAUGAAAUUGAAAUUUUUUACUCUAUAGGGACCAAAAACUUAUUUAACCCUAUUGUUAAUUGUACUUCUAUAAAGUCAUGGAAUAUAGAAUUCCCAGCGUUUUACAACCCAUUCGUAGGUGCCUAUUGCCCCAGGACAACGAAAGGUUGUUUUGGACAUAUCUUCUUCUACAAUGAAAAUUUGAUUGUACCCAGAAUAUCCAUCCAACAUACUUAGGUAUUCGAAGCUUGCGGCUGAGUCUAUUAGCAUUUCUGCCAUAGGCAUGGGAUAUUCAUCUUUAGGGGUUAAUGCAUUUAGAUCACGAAAAUAUAUGCAUACCCUUAAUGAACCAUUCUUUUUAAUAACAGGUACAAUAUUAGCAAUCCAUUCGACAUACCUCGUAGUUCUGAUGAACUUGCAACGGAGAAGUCUUUCGACCUCUGUUUUGAUCUUCGAGAGAACUUCUGGUGCGAACCUUCUAGGAGUUUGCUUGAUGGGCUUCUUCCCUUCUUUUAUAGGCAACUUCAGUUCGACCAGGUCUCUCCCUAGACCAGGCAUCUCAUUAUAAUCUCAGGCGAAACAAUCUUUGUUUUCUUUCAAUAACGCAAUGA